CGAGACAUUACAGUCCAUCAGUGCCAAAAAAAUCGAAGAAGAAGGAGAGGAUUUCGCCAUAUAUUGUGCUUUCUCCACAUAACCUUCUCACAAAUAUAAUAAAAUGACAGCUCUCAAUCAAAUUAUAACGCUGUAUCAAAAUUUGAAACAGGAGUGGACGAAAACACCAUGCAAUCUGAAAAAAUGUGGUGAUCUGCUGAAUCAGCUAAAGGUGGGCCUUACUCAUUUAAUGUUUCUGCCAACAUCAAGUAGUUCAGCUUCCCAAAAAGAGCUGCUCAUUGCACGAGACAUUCUGGAGAUGGGAGCACAAUGGAGUAUCGCAGCAGAGGAUAUUCCCUCGUUCGAGCGUUAUAUGGCUCAACUAAAAUGCUAUUACUUCGAUUACAAAUCGGCCCUUCCUGAGUCAGCCUACAAGUAUCAACUGUUGGGGCUGAAUCUCUUAUUCCUCCUUUCACAGAAUAGAGUAGCCGAGUUUCACACAGAAUUAGAGCUCCUACCUUCUGAUCAAAUCCAAUCAAACGUAUACAUCAGACAUCCGUUGAGUCUUGAGCAGUGCCUCAUGGAAGGAUCCUAUAACAAAAUUUUCUUAGCAAAAGGCAAUGUACCUGCAGCUUCCUACACUUUUUUCAUCGAUAUUCUCCUCAAUACUGUACGCGAUGAAAUUGGCGCCUGUAUGGAGAGUGCAUACGACAAAGUAUCUCUCAAGGAUGCUGCAAGAAUGCUCAAUCUUAAUUCCGAACAGGACACUCUAGCUUUUGCUAAUAAAAAACAGUGGAACCUCGCUAAAGAUGGCUAUUUCUAUUUCGGUCCAGCCCAUGAGAAGAAGACAGAGGAUCCCAUCCCAUCCGCUGAUCUCGUCACCCUCGCUAUUGAUUACGCCAGGGAACUUGAAAUGAUUGUCUAAUGUCCUCAUUAAAUUCUCAUUUAAUUUUUUUUUUUCAUUUUUCCUUCGUGUAAGCCUCCAACUUAAUAAAAUUUAUAAUAACUUACCACCAAUUUCUGGCAUUA